AUGUUCUCUGCGGUGCUGAAGGUGUGUCUCCUGGCGGCCGCCGCCCUGGCUCUGCCCGGUGGCUUUGGGGGCGGCUUUGGCGGUGGCUUUGGCGGCGGCGGCGGCGGCGGCGGCGGCGGCGGCGGUCAUGGUGGUGGCGGCGGCGGCGGUUUUGGUGGUGGAUAUGGAGGUGGCGGCGGUGGUGGCGGCGGUGGUGGCGGCGGCGGCGGCGGCGGUUACGGGGGUGGCUAUGGAGGCGGUAUUGCAGUACCCAUCCCUUACAACUUCGACUACGGCGUCUCAGCGGGCAACACCAACUUCGGCCACAGCGAGAGCGGUGACGGUCGCGGCAACGCCCACGGCGGCUACUGGGUUAACCUGCCCGACGGUCGCGUGCAGAAAGUUGACUACUGGGCUGAUGGCAGCGGCUACCACCCGGUGGUGACCUACCAGGGCACUGCCGUCUUUCCCGCCGGCAAGGGCCGCUACGGAUACCACUGA